AUGCAGAUGGUCGCGGGAAAUCUCACGGGGAAAGUCUUUAGCGACCAAAAUUCGUUAAAACGCCUUCUCGGAGUCAAGUAUAACACCGUAAAUGAGUUGAUGCUGAAUUGUAAGUAUUCGUCCGGCUUCAUACUCUUUCUUCCUGCGUUUUAGAACUCUUAUGUGACCCUAUGAAAUAAUUUAAUCUUCAUUUCACUUCAGUGAUCGAAUCAGAAUGGCGAGAUUUCAUCAGAUCCCAGUUCCUCGGAAACAAAGGUCAAAUUCCCUCGAGCGAGGAAGAAAAAAUCUUACAGUUUGCUCGAAUCUCUCUUCAACAUGUCCUGUACUACACGAAGAACGUCAUACAAGCGGCUAGACUCAAGAAAUCUCUGCAGAAUUCGAUGAAAUCUGAGGUCGAGUCUUCUCCGGAUGUCAUGUCUAACAUGAGCAGCUAUGGAACUCCAUUAACUCCGGGUAAGAGGAAGAUUUUUGGGAAUUGAUUACGACUUAUUUAGGGACAUUUUGAGAGAUUAUUUGGCUUGUUUUGUCCAAAAACAACUUUAUGCCAUCAAAAUUUUCAAAGAGACGUGUACUUUUGACGACCCUUUGCAAUUUUUUGAUCUGAAUCCGUCUGAAAUGCACAAAUCUCCUGUCAAAUUUUACUGAGGAUAUUUCUAGGUCGUGCCAGCUCCCUUCUCCUCGAGCCGUCGACUCCAGAGUCCAAGAUUCUCGUCUACAAUGACCAAACUCCGGGUGCGGGUGCGUCGGAAGUCGCCAGAAGAGCGAUUCAAAAAGCGAAGGCGAUCAAAAAGCCCAAGACAAUCGAGCAAGUGGAACGCCUCAGAAGGAGCGUCAUUAUUUUGACUGGAGAUUGGCCUGCGAGUAAUACCCGGCAUGCUACGGUUAUUGAGAUCCGAGUUGGAUCACUUCAUGAGCUGGUGGAGAGGGUAAGAUUGGGUGAUUUGGUGAAAAAAUUUGUGAUGUCUCAGCUGGUUAUGGUGUCUACUGGGCUAAUUUGGGUUGAGGAUGUUUUCUGUUGUGAUUUUUUGAUGGAAAAAGUGGAUUUUUUUUGGGAAUUUAUCUUAUUUUAGAUGACUGUUGACCUAAAGUUAUAUAUCUCCGCCGCUGAUGCAAAGGGCAAGCUGAAAUUUUUUGGAAAUUUUUUCAAGGCUAACUAGAGUAUUUUGAUAAAGUUUUAGGGAAAUUGAAACACCAACAUUGGAAAAAUUAUAUUAUUUUAGGUAACACUUGAUCUAAAUUUAAUCUUUUGCCAAAAAUUUUUGUUUUAUGAACCUGUGAUCGAGCCUAAAACUCCCCCAAGCUAAUUUUCCAGACAAUAAUCGUUUGUUUUGCAGCUCUCCAGUCACAAUUUGGAUUGGUCUCAUGUUGGCCAAGUGAUGCUUUUCUGUGAUGCCGCCUGGUUUCUUCCGCAAUGUCAAGUCCCUCAUGAAGUUCGACAAUACGCUCUGAAUAAGCUGAUCGGAAUCUUUCAUGAUCGUGCGCCGGAUGCUAAAAUCUAUCUGUGCGAACCAGUGCCGUUGGUCGCGAAUGUUCAAUUGAUUGAAAACAUGAACUCUUUCAUAGACUUUGCCAGAGCCAAGGCUGCCAUUGACCCAUUGUAAGGAGAGAGUUUUGAAGCUUUGGGGAGAAAAGUUUGGGGGAAAUCUUAAAUUUUUGUAGUUAAAAUUGGUCGAAAAUUUUUUUAAUGGGUUAGUGUAAUAACUUCUUUGAAAUGUCUGCAGAAUUUGAAAAUAAAAUUGGCGAGGUGGCAAUGGAGGGAACUGGGACGAUUGGGGAAACCGAAAAGUAUUAUUUUUCUUCGAUGCAAUUGUCGAAUUGGGAUAAUCGAGGGUGCUGAUUUCGAAAAUGACAUUCAUUUUUUUUUUUUUUUGGUUUCUACUUUUUUCCUUGAGUAGUACUGUAAAGUAGUCAUUUUUUGAAUUUUUUCACAAAUACUCGAUUUGGGGGGUUUCGAUGGUGCUGAUUUCAACUCACAAGGGAAGUACUCCAAGGGCGUCGCUCAGAUUUUGAUGAAACUUGGCAUAAAUUUAGAAUAAUUUUUUUCUAAGAUAUAUGCAGGAAUCCUAGCUCGCGCUUUGCAGAAGUAACCGAGAUUUUUAGAUCGAAAAUCCACGAAAAUUUUGGACUUUUUCCGAAUUUCGGCACGAAAAGUUUCAUGCCUAUUUCUACCGUAAAGGAUAAUGUUUCUACAAAAAAUCAAAUUUUUCCGCACGAAACUGCCAAAGUUAUGGCCAAAAAGCGUUUUUCUCUCUGACCGCUCUCCGCGUUUUGCGUACUCUCUCGGCGGCAAAGAUCGUUCAAUAUCUCAGUGGCGCUUCUUUCAGGAAUUGAUAUUUAAUCGAUGCACGGCGUGUGUGCAAAAUUAUAAAAAAAAUCUGAGCGUCGCACUUGGGGUACUUCCCUUGUCAGAAAAAAUGAAUACGAUUUUCGAAAUCAGCACCAUCGACCGCAAAUCGAGUAUUUGUGACAAAAAAAUCAAAAAAUUACUACUUUACAGUACUACUUAAGGAAAAAAGUAGAGAUCAAAAAAAAAUGAAUGUCAUUUUCGAAAUCAACACCCUCGAUUAUCCUAAUUUCACACUUGCAUCGAAGAAAAAUAAUGCUUUUCGGGUACCCAAUGGCUCUUUUCCCGAUUCGUCCCGGUUCCUUGGGAUAGAAAUUUGACGGAAAUCUCAACAUUUUAUAGCUAAAAUCGGUCGAAUAUUUUUAUAGGUUACUUGUUUAAAAGUGUCUGCAGAAUUUGAAGAAAAUCGGCGAGGCGAUAGUUGAGGUACUUCCAGUUUAAAUUUCAAAAGAUUAACAUUAACCCAUUAAAAAGUUGAAAUUGAUUUUUGAGGCGUCUGGAGGUCGAAAAAAAAAUUUUUUGGUUACUCUAAAUUUUUUCAUUUUUGUAAUUUUUUUCUGCUGUAUAACAAGUUUUUUUCGAAUUUCAGAUUCCGCACCCUCUCAUUCCUCGAGGCGGUAAAGCCGUUCCCGAACAAACCCCAUCCCAAUCAGCCGUUUUAUCUGCGCCGGCGCGCCGCCGAAAUCGUGGUCCAUGAAAUGACGCGAAAAUUCGAAGUGAUGGCCAGCAGACUCGGCCCCCGUCCCAACGACUCUCCGCUCAGCUCCUCGUCGUUGACUUCGAUCCCCGGCGUCUCUCCUUGGCGCUCGGUUCCCACGCAGAAUGACGUGGACCGCCUGUGCGCCGACUCCCCCUUCUCUAUCAUGCAAAUCGCUAAAGACAGUUUUGCCUAG